AUGUUGGCCUGCCUCAUUGCUUGUGUGUGCGCCUCUAUCUUUGCCGGUGUGCUCGAUUACAGGAAUACCUUCCUUCCUGCUGGUCCACCGGCCACUCUGACCAAUCGAGUAAAGAGCCACCUGUUCUUCCGAGGCAGUUCAUGUGCAGGUGUGUGUUUUGGCUCCGAGAUUGCCAUGAGAAAAUUCACUUUGAGGCCAGUUGGCUCAUUCGAAGGCUCUACUGUCGGCAUCAUCGGCUCAUCGGGUUGUGGGCAGCUCGGCGCUCGGCACAGGGUUUCGCCAUCACCCUCCGGCAAUGAAGACCAUCUUCCGCCGGCCGAUGCACGCUACAACGGCCAGGCAAGAUUGGGGGAUGUGAACAAUUCCUGUGUCAAGGCAAGUGCUUGA